AUGAAGGCUACUGCAGUUGGACAUUUUCUGCUGUUGGUUAUGUCCUUCAGCACCAUCACCAGCUCCUCUGCAUCCGGAAACGAAACAGAGACAGAAACAGACCGGCUGUCACUGCUUGACUUGAAGAAGUCCAUCACUCUCGAUCCACAACAAGCCUUGGCCUCAUGGAACGAAAGCACCCACUUCUGCAGCUGGGAGGGCGUCAUGUGCACAGCAACCAUCCCGCGCCGCGUCGCAUCCAUUCGCCUCGAGAGGCGAGGCCUUGUCGGGCAAAUCUCUCCUUCACUCGGAAACCUGACCUUCUUACGAAACCUCUCCCUCGCAACCAACCGCUUCUCCGGGGAAAUACCUCCAUCCCUUGGCCACCUCCAGCGACUCAAGUACCUGUUCCUGAGCAACAACACGCUGCAAGGGAGGAUACCGAGUUUCACAAACUGUUCCAGCCUCAGGGUGCUGUGGCUGCACCGGAACGGUCUUGUCGGGCCGUUUCCAACAGAACUGCCGCCUGGCCUUCGCCAGCUGCAGGUUUCAGUUAACAAUCUCAGCGGAGCCAUCCCUGCAUCUCUCUCUAACAUCACAGCGCUCACUGUGGUCAGCUGCGCAUUCAAUAACUUGGCGGGAAAUAUCCCAGAUGAGUUUGCCAGACUGACCAAUAUGCAGCAGCUCUACGUGGGCACCAAUCAGUUGUCGGGCAGGUUUCCACUGGCCGUCAUGAAUCUUUCUGCCCUCACUGACCUCAGCCUUGGUCUGAAUCUGCUGAGUGGAGAGGUGCCAGCUGACCUCGGUAGUGCGCUGCGCAACCUCCUGCUGCUUGAGCUGCCCGUCAACUUCUUUCAUGGGCAUAUUCCGGCGUCGUUGACAAAUGCUUCCGGUCUGUACUACAUCGAGAUGUCCAGGAACAGUUUCAGUGGGGUGGUGCCGAGCACAAUUGGCAGACUGAAAAGGCUGGAAAUGCUGAACCUUGAAUACAAUCAGCUGCAGGCUGAGAGCAAACAAGACUGGGUGUUUCUUAACAGCAUGGCUAACUGCACCGAGCUGAUCGAUUUCUCUGUGACCAGGAAUCGCCUGCGGGGGCAUGUACCAGCUUCAUUAGGCAACCUUACCAAUCAGCUCCAGUAUCUAUACAUGUCAGAGAAUCAAUUGUCAGGAGAGUUUCCUCCUGGCAUAGCAAACCUUGGCAACUUGUUCAUCGUAUCACUGGAUGUGAACCAGUUUUCAGGUGCGCUUCCUGAAUGGCUUGGGUCUCUACAAAAUCUGCAGAAGGUAUUACUAGGCAGCAAUUACUUUAGCGGGGCCAUUCCAUCAUCCUUUUCAAAUCUGUCCCAAUUAGCAGAACUGUAUCUAGAGUCAAAUCGGUUGGUCAGCCAAAUACCCACAAGCUUUGCAAACCUUUCGAUCCUUCAAGUACUCAACAUUUCUAACAACAAUCUUCACGGCAGCAUACCAAAGGAACUGUUCCAAAUCCCAACGAUUACGCAGAUUAGCUUAUAUGUAAACAACCUACACGGGGCACUCCAUCCAACCAUUGGCAAUGCCAGACAGCUCACAUAUUUGCAGCUUUCGUCAAACAAUCUGUCUGGACCAAUCCCUAGCACCUUGGGCAAUUGUGAGAGUUUGGAAGACAUCGAGCUUGACCACAAUGCUUUCACUGGAAGCAUUCCUGUUUCAUUAGGCAGCAUAAGGACCCUGAAGGUUCUCAACUUGUCACAUAACAGCUUAAUUGGGUCAAUACCAGCAUCUCUUGGAAAUCUACAACUUAUUGAGAAACUAGAUCUGUCAUUCAACAAUCUUAUGGGUGAGGUACCAACAAAAGGGAUAUUCAAGAAUACAUCAGCUACACGGAUUGAUGGAAAUCUGGAGCUCUGUAGCAGGCUGCCAGAGUUGCACCUGCUGGCAUGCCCUGUCGUGCCUUUGGGUUCAGAUAAGCAUGAGCUAUCAGUUACACUAAAAGUAGUGAUCCCAGUAGACAUAGCGGUGUUACUUGCUGUGGUCAUCAUUUCUAUCUUGCUGCUGUUCCAAAGGCGAAAACGGACAGCCAGAUCUAUUUCUUUACCCUCGUUUGGAAGAGAAAUGGCAAAAAUUUCUUACAGAGAUCUUUUCAGAGCAACAGAUGGAUUUGCAGCGUCCAAUCUAGUUGGACGGGGAAGGUAUGGUUCUGUUUAUCAAGGUAGACUGUUUCAAGAUGGAAAUGUGGUUGCCAUCAAGGUCUUCAGUCUGGAUACAAGAGGAGCACAAAAGAGUUUCACCGCAGAAUGUAAUGCUUUGAGAAAUAUGCGGCACCGCAGUCUAGUUCCUAUCCUAACUGCAUGCUCAACUAUAGACUCAACUGGAAAUGAUUUCAAAGCCUUAGUAUACAAGUUCAUGCCACGAGGCGACUUGAAUAAUUUAUUGUACUCGUCUCGAGAUGGUGAAGACUCUUCAUGCUUGAACUAUAUUUCACUAGAUCAGAGGUUAAGCAUCCUUGUGGAUGUAUCGGAUGCUCUCGCAUAUCUACACCACAGCCACCACGGAACCAUUGUACAUUGUGAUCUCAAACCUAGUAACAUUCUCUUGGAUGAUGAUAUGGUAGCCCAUGUUGCGGACUUUGGGCUAGCUCAGUUGAAAUUUGGUUCCUCAGCAUCAUCUUUUGUGGCCUCAAAUUCCACUUCCUCAAUGGCAAUCAAAGGAACCAUUGGAUAUGUUGCUCCAGAAUGUGCAGGGGGUGAUCAGGUUUCAACUUCCUCGGAUGUCUACAGCUUCGGAGUCGUUCUCCUAGAGAUAUGCAUCCGGAGGAGGCCAACGGAUGACAUGUUCAAGGAUGGGAUGAGCAUUGUAAAGUUCGCAGAGAUCAACUUCCCUGACAACGUGUUGCAGAUUGUUGACCCACAGCUGCUGCAAGAACUGGACCUCAGCAUGGAGAUGCCAAUGGCCAUCAAGGACAGUGAAGCUCAGAUCCUGCAGUGUGUAAUCAACAUUGGACUCUGCUGCACCAAGACGUCCCCCAACGAGCGCAUCAGCAUGCAGGAGGUGGCUGCCAAGCUGCAUGGAAUCAGGGAUACAUAUCUUAGCCGAAACCGAAGGACCAGCACAGCAGCAUAG